AGAUAGCCCUCAUCGUUAGACUUGAUUUCAGAAAUCUGCAAAAAGCUCGAAUUUCCUUCCACUGGUUACAUUUCAAUAGCUUUCCCCCUCUUCACCAAGCCAUCCAUUCAUCCUAUCUCCGGACAACCUCCGGAGCGAUUCGACAUGCCGGCCGAUUAUCAGUCGACAGCUCGAGCUCUAUUGCUUCCUCUUUCGCCCGCAGAAUCCACAUCGUCAACAAUUGGUGCCGUUCGUCCACCAUGGAGUCGCCCGGAUGGCGACAGGCGGAAUUCGAUAGCUGCAUCCCUCCAAGAAGCAGUUACUUUUCGCGACAAGCUCAUAAGCUGGGCUGAAGGGACAGGUCGGCGCGUGUCAGAGACAUGGAAGCGGAUGAGCUUCUGGAAGAGAGUGGGAGCCGUUUGUGCUGCACUCGUCACGAUUGCUAUAGGCAUAGCCUUCAUGCUCCUCACUGGCAAGAUAUUCAUCUGGGUAGGCCCGUUGGCAGAGAAAUGGGAAAAGUCACCACUGGCAUACUUUGUCCUCUGGUUACUCAUCUUCGGAGUGUCCUUUCCUCCGCUUGUCGGAUGGUCGACGCUAGGAACAAUAUGCGGUUUCGUAUUUGGAAUAUGGAAAGGCUGGCUCAUCUACAUGACAGCAACUGUCGUAGGCUCAACGUGCUCCUUCAUAGUAUCUAGAACAGUACUUUCGGGAUUCGUGAAACGUCUGAUGGAACAUGACAAGCGAUUUGCGGCCCUGGCUCUGACACUCAAGUACGAUGGCCUGGCACUCCUCUGUAUGAUUCGACUCUGUCCUCUGCCAUACUCCGUGUGCAACGGUGCCAUAUCAACAUUCCCGACAGUCCAUCCUCUGAUGUACGGGCUUGCUACGCUGAUUAUUUCCCCGAAGCUCCUGGUCCCUGCUUUCAUUGGCAGCAGGUUGCGGAUUCUGUCGGAGGAAAACGAAAAGAUGGGCGCCGGCUCCAAAGCGGUCAACAUUAUCAGCAUCAUUGUUACAGUAGCAAUCGGACUUUUUACAGGAUUGUACAUAUAUAGAAGGACCUUGGCCCGGGCAGAGGAACUCGAGGCUGAAGAGCGCGCUAACAUCCGGAGUUCUUUACAAGCCGACCAUGCUGCUCAUCGGCCUCACCGUUCAUUUUCAGAUGACCCUGCGGUCGAUGCUGCCGCGAAGACUCUCGCUCGUGAUGAGGAAGAACGGAUUGGCUUCCGUGAUGAUUUUGAUGACGAUGAUGUUGACUUGGUUGUCGACGACAGUGACGAUGAAAAUUCUCCUCAUGCUCAGAAGCAAGGAUUACCUAGUCCGUACCGUGAUGAGUUUACUGAUAACGACUCUGAUGUCUUUGGCGCCGGAGAUGGCGACGAACAUGAGGCAUAUGGGUUACAUACGCACGUGAGACGGGGCUCGGACAUUUCUUAAUUGUUAUAGACAUGGCAUAAUGGCCCGCUGGAGUUCUUAUACUGGGUUGGAAAGGGACUAUCGCAUCUUGCAUCAAAUGACACGAUAUUCUUGGAAUGUAUUCGCUUUCUGGCUUCCUGGAGAAGUGCGAAAGAAAAUAUAGCUAUCAGGUAACAUCCAUAACAACGCUAGAUCGAACGCACAAGACUAGACCGAAGAUAGCCUAGGUACCUCUAUUAGAUCUUCGAUGGCGUUUCUUUGUUAUAC